AUGCUUAAAAUUUUGGUAACAGCCCUUUUAUUCUAUAUAUUCACACUUAACAUUUUAUGUUUUAUAAAUUUAAAAAGAGGUCUAUUCAAUAUCUUAAAAACAGAAACACUUGUGAAUAUGAAUGAGAAUGAUGAAAUAUAUUCUAGGCCCGAAAAUUUGAAAUACGAAAAAUUCGGAAGACCUCAAAAUGAUUUAAUCCUAAAUGUUAUAGAAAACAAAGACGGCAAAAAGAAAUUUAAGAAGAUCCCUUUGUGGUUUAUGAGACAAGCUGGGAGAUAUCUACCAGAAUAUAUUGAAAUACGUAAGAAGUAUGAUUUUUUUGAAAUAUGUAAGAGUCCAGAUUUAUCAUCAUAUGUAUCUAUUAUGCCAUAUAAUAGAUUCAAGACAGAUAUGAUAGUAAUAUUUUCAGAUAUCUUAAUAAUUUUUGUUGCAAUGGGUAUAGAUAUAAAAUUUGUAGAGAAUGUGGGUCCUGUUUUUAAUAUGGAAAUUUAUGAUAUGAAUGAUUUUAAUAAACUCAAUUUGAAUGUAAAAGAAAUUAUAGAUAAUUUAUAUUAUGUAUAUGAUUCCAUAAAUUUAACAAAAAAAAAAAUAAACAAUGAGGUACCUAUUCUAGGUUUUUGUGGUUCACCAUUUACAUUAUUUAUGUAUUUAACAAGGAAUAAUAAAAAAACAUAUGAAGAUAGUUUUAAAUUUAUAUAUGAAAAUCCAAACGAUACGCAUAAAAUUAUAAAUAAAUUAAGUGACAUAUGUAUUAAUCAUUUAAUAAAUCAAAUUGAUAGUGGAGCAAAUAUUAUUCAAAUAUUUGAUAGUAAUGCUGAAUUAGUAGAUAAACAUAUUUUUAACCAAUAUAGUAUUAAAUAUCUUAAAAAAGUUAUAGAAAUAAUAAAAAAAUAUAGACCAAAUAUAUAUAUUAUAUUAUUUAUAAAAAAUAAUUUUCAUAAUAAUAUUAAAAAUCUACCUAUAGAUGUAUUAUCUAUUACACAUAAACAAUUAAUAGAUAAUACAGACCAAUUUUAUUUUAAUUUAUUUCAAAACAAUAUUAUUUUACAAGGAGCACUAGAUCCAUAUAUACUAUUAUUAACAGAUCAUAACUUGGUUCACCAACAUACUAUAAAUAUGUUAAAUAAUAUAACUUUUAAAAAUAAAUAUAUAGCCAAUCUAGGUCAUGGCAUACUUCCAACCACAAAAAUCAAAAACGUAAACGUUUUUAUUGAUACUAUACGUAAUAAUACAUGGUCAUAA